AUGGUCUUGUUCGCACCGCUAGCCAUCUUCUUCAUCCGCGUCAUCGGCGGCACAGGCGAGGGAGUGACGAUCGAAUAUUCCUUGGCGGCGAAAAGCGUUGGUGUCUUUCUCGGCAUCCCGUUGGGAGCGGCCAUGGUCACACGGUUCUCCCUGCGAUUCCUGGUAAGCGAGGAGUGGUACGACCGACAUUUCCUCAAGUGGAUCAGUCCCUGGUCGUUGAUCGGACUCCUCUUCACAAUCUUGGUGCUCUUCGCCUCGCAAGGGAGACAGGUCGUGCAUCAGAUCGUUUCGGUUGUUCGGGUUGCCGCGCCAUUGAUCGUGUACUUUUCCCUCAUCUUCCUGGCGACCCUCGCGGUAACACGCCGCUUCGGCUUUGGCUAUAAGCUCUCUUGCACGCAGAGCUUCACGGCUGCGAGUAACAACUUUGAGCUUGCGAUCGCAGUGGCAAUAGCGGCGUUUGGGGUGGACAGUGACCAGGCUUUGGCUGCAACGGUUGGUCCGCUUAUUGAAGUCCCGGUGCUGCUGGGGUUGGUUUAUGUCGUGAAAUGGUUUGCGAAAAGACAAAAAUGGGCGGCGUGA